CAGCGGCUCUACGCCUUCGCGGCUUGCUUGGUUGCUGGACUCGCCCUCAUGAUGCUGUCACUUAUUGUUUUCGCCAGACCUAUCAAAUUUGCUCUGUUGUUUACAUUUGGAAACAUAAUGGCAGUUGGCAGUCUUCGUAAUGGGGGUAAAUAAACAAUUGAGGAUGAUGCUUGACCCAGUUCGUGUUUACGCAACGGCUAUUUAUGCUGGAUGUGCUGUUUUUGCUCUGAUUUUCGCUCUUUUGAUUCAUGACAAGCUGCUAACAUUGAUUGCAAUCAUAUGUGAGAUAUGUGCGCUCUUCUGGUAUAGCUUGAGCUACAUCCCUUUUGCUCGGCGGAUCGUCUCCGACCUGAUGGUCAAGCUCUGCGACACUGAACUAUGAUUUCAUCGCUCCAGCAAAAUCAGAGAACCGGUUCAUCUCCAUCGCUCCAGCAGUGCAUGUAUUCCGCCCAUUUCCCUGUUCUCUGAUGACUGGUGGCUGGAUCAAGCUCCGUAUUGUGCAUAAAUGCUACACGAGCGGCACUUUACUUGUGCAGCUCACAACUCCCUUCUGUAAUCCUUGAUUCCAUUUGUUUAUUUGAACUGAAUCAAAUUCUGUGCAAAUUACAGUAGUUGCUACAAAACCCAGAUAUAAACGGCAUCUUUGCUCUGCAAGAGUAGUCUCUGUGCUUGCAUUCAGAAGCUGCAGCCAUUCCUGCACAUACAGUUAUUUAUUAAUCCUGCACUUUUCAUUCCCCUCUGGCAGAAGAAACUGUACCAGGCAACCUUCGUUCGUGUCCGCUGGAUUGUGGGGCCCACCAGAAUGGACGUCGCGGCGGGCCCACACGCCAGUGAACCGGUGGGACGACACGCGUGGACUCCAGCUCUGCUUCAGUUCUCCCAGCCAUUUUCAAAUUUCGAAACCCGUGUCGCUCGCCUCCACCUAUAUAUGCGAUCGUCGCUGCUCCUCCUCCCCCCACACACGCAGCAGCAGCAGCGCACGGCACCUCGCCUCCGCCUCCCAGCCCCAGGCGCUGCAUGGGCAAGGCCUUCUCCCUCCUGCGCCCGGAGCCACAGCCACAGAGAGAGCCGGGGGAGGGGAUGGUGAUGGAGCUGAGGAAGCGCCCGCGGCCGCGGCGCCUCGACCCCGACUUCGUCUCGUCGCCGCCGCCCACGCCGCCCAGGAAGCGGCCGCGGAAGCAGGACGCGGAGAGGAAGCAGCCACCACGGCGGCCGGCGGCGGCGCAGAAGCCGCCAGCGCCGAGCAAGAGGGCCAGGUGCGUGCAGCAGGGCAUCGGGAGCCCCGUCGCCGGGCUCCAGCCUUCCAGGUGCUGCAGGAUCGUGGCGCCGCUCUCGCGCGUCUCCUUCAUCCCCCGCUCUCGCGUCCCCUUCAACUGGUAUGAGCCGGACAUCUGGACGGAGGUGGCCAAGCACCUGCACGGCGCUGACCUGCUGAGGCUCUCCGCCACCUGCCUCUGGUUCUUCCGCCUCCUCUACGAGGACUCCAUCUGGCGCUACGCCUUCCUCCGCGACCUCUCGCUCCGCACCAACGAUCCCAAGAUGCUCAGGCUCCUCCACGUUCCCCGCCCGUUCCACCGCUCCUGGCGCCUCCUCUACGCCACCGCCUUCGACGAUACCCAUGCGUACUGCUUCCGUCAGCCCGAGAAGCACAUUGAGUGGUUUCGCAUUGGUGGAUUCCUGAUGGACACGCCGAAGCUGCUGCUGACGGCCAAGCUGGCACUGCCACCGUGGAGGCCGAUCCUGGAUGAUGGCCCGGAGAUCUCCAUCGGAUUCAUGGGAGCCUGCUUGCUCACCAAUGUCCGCCCCGGCAUCUGGAUCGCUGACAUGAACAUGGUGCGAUGCCCCGUGUGCAACCUCAACAAGUGCGAAGGGACGAUGCAGGUUCUGGAUGCGCGGCACUGCGAGCUGUACCUGGAGAACAAGUUCAGGGAUGGGACCUGGGAGUACGAGGACCUUGGCAGUCACUUCAGCAAUGGGAAGCUGGAUACUGCCGCCGCUGCCAUCUUCAACUACGACUACAUCGAUUCCCCAUGCAUCAAAAAUAUUCUCAAUUCCAAGUCUUGGAUCCGGGAUCGCACCAACCUGCUGCCAAAGGGAUGCUUCACCCCGGUCGCUGUCGCCCUCAGCAGCAACCUCAAGCCCAACGAAGGGUUGCUGUCGAGGUUCCAGGCGAUGCGGGACAUGUCGAGGGGCGGGCAGAUCGUAUCUGUCAGGAUCACGCAGCAGCUCCUGUGAUUCGUUCGUGCUUGGUUCAUUUCUGGCUGGGUUCCUUGAUGCUGCGUUGUGGAAAUGUGUUAAUGCCUGGUAUUUAGUUUGCUCUGAUGCUAGCGCUGACAGGGGGAUAGUCAGAAAGGAAGGGGUACAGUGGGGUAGAUAAAUUCCAUCGCAGAAAAAAGAGAGUAGAGUAAUUAAAUCGGCGCUUAGAAAAGGAAAGUAGGAAAUUGCACAAAUGGGGCGGGCUCUCUGUUUGUUUUAUCGAUCAAUGUUUAAUGCAGUAUAUUUGUACUUCGUCGAAGAGCUGCACAGUUUUUUGAGCAUAUAUAUAAAUAUAUAUAGCACCUUGUGGAUUA